AUGUUGGAGAGACUUCUCGUCCUAUUCGACGAAGGGUGGCAAAGCAUAAAAGCGGCUGUAGAGACUGUUGGGUCAGAGCUAGCCGAGCCAAUGGCCGAAACUGGUCAUGAGGUUGGAUGGUCUCAAACUUGUCGUUUUGCUUAUUUUUGUGUGUCUGCACCUAAACGCAAAAAUCAACCAGCUUCACCGCUGAAUUCGAACCAUCCUCCCUCUCUGUCGAGUUGCUCACUGUCAUUCCUUCUCUCCCAGUGUCGGCGAGUUGAUUUUUCGGUACACCCACUCAAGUUAUGCUUGACGAUCCAAACCAGACGAACAGCUCUUUCUCACCACACGACAAUUCGGCCUUAUUUGGUACAUUCAAACCGCCGACUCGAUGUGUCUCAACCUGCCGCCUGGCCUACAGAAAUGAGGACAGGUGAACAUCUGAAUUACGAUUUCAGGCGUCUUGAACACAUGACCCUUGCAAAGAGGGGACGAAGAUCUCGAUCACUUUUGAUGAUCCUUCGUCCUUGCCACAAUUGCUCACCAACACAUUCUAAUCACCGGCCAGUGAAGCUGGAACAUGCUGAGGAGGAAAUCUAG